GCAGGCCCCGGAUAUUUGUGUCAGCGCUGCCGCCACCGUCUCAGCUGAUGGGUCGGGACACACGCUCGCGCUCGCGGUCGGCUGGUCGCAGGGGCCGCAGGCAACGGAGCGGGAGUCGGAGCCGAAGUCGGAGCGGGAGCCAUGAGCGGCGAGACCGCCGGCGCCGGGACGACGAAGUACGGCGCAGGCGGAGGCGGCAGAGCCGGGAGCGCAGGUCGGGUUCGGACGAACACCACCGGUGGCGGCGGCGAAGGCGGCAGAGCCAGAGUCCGCUGCCCCCACGCUGGCGCUCACGGGGCCGGUCCUCCCAGUCUGACUCCGAUGACGAGCGCCAGGAGCAGCAGCGGGGCCGGUGGGCCCGCCGGCGGCGGACGCGCUCUUGGUCCCCGGGCUCCUCGGCGUCCGGCUCGGCCUCCCCGGACCGCUCCCAGAGCCCUCGGGAGGCGGCGGCGGCCCUGAGCCACCAGCACAGCCUGCAGGAGCGGCUGCGGCUGCGGGAGGAGCGGAAGCAGCAGGAGGAGUUGAUGAAGGCCUUCGAGACCCCCGAGGAGAAGCGGGCCCGGCGGCUGGCCAAGAAGGAGGCCAAGGAGAGGAAGAAGCGGGAGAAGAUGGGCUGGGGGGAGGAGUACAUGGGCUACACCAACACCGACAACCCUUUCGGCGACAACAAUCUCCUGGGCACCUUCAUCUGGAACAAGGCCCUGGAGAAGAAAGGGAUCGGCCACCUGGAGGAGAAGGAGCUCAAGGAGCGCAACAAGAGGAUCCAGGAGGACAACCGCCUGGAGCUGCAGAAGGUGAAGCAGCUGCGGCUGGAGCGGGAGCGGGAGAAGGCCAUGCGGGAGCAGGAGCUGGAGAUGCUGCAGCGGGAGAAGGAGGCCGAGCACUUCAAGACGUGGGAGGAGCAGGAGGACCACUUCCACCUGCAGCAGGCCAAGCUGCGCUCCAAGAUCCGCAUCCGGGACGGGAGGGCCAAGCCCAUCGACCUGCUGGCCAAGUACAUCAGCGCCGAGGACGACGACCUGGCCGUGGAGAUGCACGAACCCUACACCUUCCUCAACGGCCUCACCGUGGCCGACAUGGAGGACCUGCUGGAGGACAUCCAGGUGUACAUGGAGCUGGAGCAGGGCAAGAACGCGGACUUCUGGAGGGACAUGACCACCAUCACGGAGGACGAGAUCGCCAAGCUCCGCAAGCUGGAGGCCUCGGGCAAGGGCCCAGGUAGCCCCGCGCAGCGCCACCGGAGAGCGCCCGCCGUGCUCUUGGGGGGGCCCGUAUCUGGGCGCCGGCGCGCUGGGAGCUGUCUCAGCCCGGGGCUCUCCGCCUGCCUCGGUUUCCCCAUCGGGGAUCUUCAGGGUCUCUCCGGGAGCCACCAGGGGGCAGCGGCGGGCUGCGGCAGGAGCUUGGGCCCCCCCCCCCCCCACGGCUCCUCCUCAGGUGGGGGGCUCAGCCCAGGGCGGGGGCUCCCUUCCUUCAAAGAUCGCUUAGCGUCUGCGCCGGGCUUCCCGGGAGUGGCGCCAGCAGGGGCCCGUUUUGUUCGGUUUCAGGUUUUUGCCAGAAGCUUGGUGCGUUCGAGGGAGGGCGGCACCCCGCUUGUCCCCUUGUGCGGGAAGCCCCUAGAGCCCCGGUCUCUUGAACCUGGUGUUCUUUCCUCAUUCGCUUUCCUUUCCCUCCAGAGGGUUCCGCGCAGUGUCCAGGGAGGUGACCCUCGGGGGGUGGGGGAGGGUCGUCCUGGGCCCUGGGCUACUGAGCAGCGGCCCUGGCUCCGCGAGCGGCACCAGGACGUGCUGCGGCAGAAGCUGUACAAGCUGAAGCAGGAGCAGGGUGUGGAGAGCGAGCCUCUGUUCCCCAUCCUCAAGCAGGAGCCCCCGUCGCCCGGCCACGGCCCGGAGCCUGAGGACCCUGCCCCGACCCCACCCGGGCCCUCCUCCUCCGAGGGGGGCUCGGGGGAGCCGGAGGCGGAGGGGGCGGCCCCCGCGGAGGGCGAGGCGGACGGGGAGGCUGUGCUCAUGGAGGAGGACCUGAUCCAGCAGAGCCUGGACGACUACGACGCGGGCAAGUACAGCCCCCGGCUGCUCACGGCCCACGAGCUGCCGCUGGACGCGCACGUGCUGGAGCCCGACGAGGACCAGCAGCGCCUGCAGCUGUCCCGGCAGCAGCUCCAGGUCACAGGGGACGCGAGCGAGAGCGCGGAGGACAUCUUCUUCCGGCGGGCCAAGGAGGGCAUGGGCCAGGACGAGGCGCAGUUCAGCGUGGAGAUGCCGCUGACCGGCAAGGCCUACCUGUGGGCCGACAAGUACCGGCCGCGCAAGCCCCGCUUCUUCAACCGCGUGCACACGGGCUUCGAGUGGAACAAGUACAACCAGACGCACUACGACUUCGACAACCCGCCGCCCAAGAUCGUGCAGGGCUACAAGUUCAACAUCUUCUACCCCGACCUCAUCGACAAGCGCUCCACGCCCGAGUACUUCCUGGAGGCCUGCGCCGACAACAAGGACUUCGCCACCCUGCGCUUCCACGCGGGGCCGCCCUACGAGGACAUCGCCUUCAAGAUCGUCAACCGCGAGUGGGAGUACUCCCACCGCCACGGCUUCCGCUGCCAGUUCGCCAACGGCAUCUUCCAGCUCUGGUUCCACUUCAAGCGCUACCGCUACCGGCGGUGACGGCCGGGGCCCCUCCCGGGCUGGCCGCCACCUCUCCCCGGGCCCUCCCCGCGCCCACGCCCGCCUUCCCCGGGGGAGCGCGCCUGGGAGAGCGGGAGGCAGGCAGGCCAGGCCGGCCCGGGGUCCUCACACGCAGGACGGGUCGGGGGAACUGAGGCCCGAGCCCUGGCCCCACGGCCCCUGCCGUGGGCUGGGGGUGCCAGGCCUUGGGGGGGGCGUGGGGGGCGCGAGUCCAGGGCGGCUGCGGGACCCCGCCCCCCUCCACCCCCGCACUCCGGUCCCCCAUCCGGCGCCGCCCCCGUGCUGGUGCGGGCCAGGCCUCCCCGGCCUCUGUGCGUGCAGCCGCGGUGCCCCCCCCCAUCUGGCCCGGGUGCCCCCCCACCCCCGCCCACGUUGGGACAGCCGUGCUCCUGGAGAUCCUCUCCCGGCCACCACGGAGCUGCCUCCGCGUUUCUGCGGGCCUGACAGGUGCGGCCGCCGCUGGGUCACACGCUGCCAGCGGUGGGGGAGGGGGCGCCCCAGGAACGUUUCUUUCAACGUUUUGUUACAGAGACGUCUCCGUGGGAAGGGGGGCCAGCCCCACCUGGGCUCCUCGGCCGGCCCACCCGGACGCCCCGGAAAGAUUUUAGGUUGUUUCUCUAAAACGACUUUUUUUAAGGUGUGGGGAAAUACCUUAUUUUCACUUAAUUGGCCUAUUCACGGAGUUGCAUGUUUUUUUAAUAAACACUUUAUUUUAGAGUA